AUGGGAUCAUCCUGCUGGGGCUUCUUUUUAGUGCGUUAUAUUAUACUCUUGUUGCUCAUUAAUGCUGCAUGCUGUUUUUCUUUUGCACAAACGCAGACACUUUGCCACGAUGAUGAGCGCUCUGCCUUGUUGCAAUUCAAAGCUAGUUUCAAUAUAGACAAGUCUGCUUCCCAAGAUCCCUUUGCUUAUCCGAAAGUUGCAUAUUGGGGUAGGCUAGAAGGAGAUCCUCAAAGGAGUAACUGUUGUUCAUGGGAUGGUGUUGAAUGCAACCGCCACUCUGGCCAUGUUAUUGGCCUUGACCUGGCCAGCAGCUAUCUUCAUGGUUCCAUCAACUCCAACAGCAGUCUUUUUCAACUUGUUCAGUUGCAGAGGCUUGACCUCUCUGACAACAACUUCAGCUACUCUCAAAUACCAACCAGGUUAGGCCAUGAUCUUACUAGUCUAACAUAUCUCAACCUAUCAAUGUCUUCAAUUUCUGGCCAAAUUCCAUCAGAAAUUUCAUAUCUAUCCAAGCUGUCUGCCCUUGAUCUGUCUUCUACUUACAAGUCCCAUCUCAAAAUGACCAACUUCGGAAGCCUUGUUCAAAACUUGACCAACAUAAAGCAGCUUCAUCUUAGUUUGGUAGAGAUAGGCUCCACAGUGCCUAAUACAUUGGUGAAUGUGUCUUCUCUCACAUCUCUCCGUCUUCAAGCAUGUCACUUGGAGGGGCAAUUCCCAGUAGGCAUUUUCCACCUACCAAACUUGCAAGUACUUGAUUUGGCCGAUAACUAUUAUCUAACCGGUUACUUUCCUGAAGAGCUUAACAAGAGCAGUCCCUUGAAGAUACUGAAUUUGCGGUCAACCAAUUUCUCUGGUCAUCUACCUGCUUCAAUCGGAGACCUUCCUGCCUUAAAUUUGUUGAACAUAGCAUUCUGUACCUUUUAUCCCCAUGUUCCAUCUUCACUUUCCAACCUUACCCAGCUCAAUUUCCUUGAUCUUUCCUCCUUUUUUUCCAACAACGGUACUUUCAGUGGCCAAGUUACUGAUUCCUGGUCUUGGGUUGGAAAGUUGACCAGACUUAACAAUUUGUCCCUUGCCGAGACCAACUUAAGGGGAGAUUUCCCAUGUUUUUUGGCUAAUCUGACGCAACUUGUGGAAUUAGACCUGAGCUACAAUCAAAUAACUGGUGAAAUCCCAUGUUUUUUGGCUAAUCUGAAACAGCUUUCGAUAUUAUCCCUGGACCAAAAUCAAAUAGCUGGUCAAAUCCCAUCUUGCCUUGGGCAGUUGACCCAUUUAACUUCUUUAUACGCAGGAUACAACAAUCUGCAAGGAACGAUUCCCAGGUCACUAUUCGAGCUUAGAAAUCUUGAAGUUUUUUACCUCGACUCAAAUAACUUGAGUGGGUAUGUUGAAUUUGAUGGGUUUUCCAAGCUCGAAAAGUUUAGGGUACUUCGUUUGUCGCAUAACAAGUUAAAUGUGAAGAUCAAAACUGGAUUUACUGCUAUUCCUCCAAAGCUUCAAGUACUAGGAUUGGGUUCAUGCAACUUAACAGAGUUUCCGGAAUUUUUGAAAUACGCUGGUGAACUAAUGGAACUAGAUCUAUCCGACAACAAUCUUCACGGCCAAAUACCAAAAUGGAUGUGGGAUUCAGCUAGUGCAAAUCUGUCGUAUCUCAACCUCUCUCACAACCACCUAACUGGAUUUGAAGAAAAUCCGGUCAUUAUUCCAUGGCCUCGGUUAAUCUCUUUAGAUCUCAGCUCUAACAUGUUACGAGGAUCACUGCCAAUUCCAGGGCCGUCAAUGGAACUCUAUUCUGUUUCAAAUAAUGAAUACGCAGGAGAAAUUCCAGCAACAUUCUGCAACGCGUUCCUACACGUUCUUGAUUUGUCUAGCAACAACCUGAAUGGCAUGAUUCCCCAAUGUUUUGAGAAUCUCAGAGAUCUUCAGAUAUUGAAACUGCAGAACAAUUCUUUUCACGGGGAUAUUCCUCAAAUAUGUUCAAACAGAAGUACGGAGUUAGCAGCGAUUGACAUGAGUUAUAAUCAGCUACAAGGGAAGCUCCCAAGAUCAAUUGCCAAUUGUUCUCUGUUGGUGUUUCUUAAUUUGGGAAAUAAUCAGAUCAGUGAUACCUUCCCAUCUUGGUUAGGAACACUUCAACAAUUAAAAGUUCUCAUUUUGCGGUCCAAUGCAUUUCAUGGCAUAAUUGGGAAGCCUGCAAGUAGCCAUGAGUUUCCUGAGCUGUCCAUCAUUGAUUUAUCUAGCAAUGAUUUUUCAAGUAUGUUGCCCUCCGACUACUUAGAGAACUGGAAUGCCAUGAAAUCUGUUGAUGCAAACGAGCAAAUAUACAUCCAAGACAUGAUCACUUUCGGGAUUUACUAUGGUGAUUACAGUGAUUACCCGAUUACAGUUUUUAGCAAAGGUCGUGAAUUGAAGUAUGUCAAGACCCCUUAUCUUCUGAGACUCGUAGACUUCUCAAGUAACAAAUUUCACGGAGAGAUCCCAGGUAUCAUUGGGAACCUAAGAGGGCUUCAUUUGCUUAAUCUUUCCAACAACACUCUCACUGGCCUCAUCCCCUCUUCUCUGGGGAAUUUGAGUGCUCUUGAAUCGUUGGAUCUCUCCCAAAAUCAGCUCUCAGGAAAGCUCCCCGGUAAUCUGGCGCAACUGACAUUCCUUUCAUACUUCAAUGUAUCCCAUAAUCGUCUCUCGGGGUCCAUUCUACAAGGUCGACAAUUUGAUACAUUCCAAGAGGACAUGUACCAAGGAAACUCAGGUUUGUGUGGAAAACCUUUGCCAAAGAAAUGUGAAGAAUCUGACAGCACAACACCACAAACAUCAAGCUUUGAACAAGACGAGGACUCUGGAUUUCAAAUUGAACUAGAUUGGUUUGUGGUUCUGCCAGGAGUUGUUGCUGGUCUAAUAGUUGGAGUGGUUGGGGGGAACUUUUGGACAACCAAGAAGCAUGACUGGUUUGUGGAGACAUUCAGCAGGAGUUGGCAGCCAAGAGGCAUAAGGCAAUGGAGGGACUCAGAACUUAGACUUCAUAAUUAUUAG